AUGUAUGAAUUAGGGAAUAAAAAUAAUUGUGAUUUGAAAAAAUGCAUAAAGAUAUAUAGAAUUUGCAUAAUUUCCCAUGUCCUUUUGUCUAUAUUGCAGCUUUUUACUCCCCGCCCAUUUUUGUUUAUUGCACAUUUAGUAGUAGUAUGUAUAGGGGCAAACUGUUUUGGCUCACACUUGACAUAUAAAUAUUUUAUUUUUACUGUUGUGAAUAUGAUUUGUGGUAUUAAUGAUUUAAUAUGGAUACUUUUUAAAUGUAUAGGGAAAAAUAAAUUUAAAUGGCUCAACCCCCAAUAUUAUUGGAAAAUAAUAAAUACUGAUAAUAUAUUUCUUGAGUUUUUUUCAACAUCUUUACAUUAUAUGCUUGAAAAAAAUGAAGAUAAUUCACCUCAUAAUGCCCAUGAUAAAUAUGAAUAUAUCACAAACUUUUUAAAAUUAUUGCCUGUUCAGAAAAAAGCAUAUGCAUGGAAAAUUUACAUUGAAUUAUUUAUAAUACUAGUAGGAAUAUUUUUAUAUUUCAUCAGUUCAUAUAUAAGUUGGAAGUUAUAUAAAUACACAUUAAAUUAUAAUCAAACCGAUUUAUUAUUUCAUAAUUAUCAAUAUGGAACUUUUCAUGAUGACAAUAAUAAAAAUACACCAACAGCACAAAAUGAUUUUAUCCCUUUUAUUGGACAGCCAUACAAAAUAUCUGAUUUUAUUGAAAAGGGCUAA